UGGAGGCUCGCGCGGUGCUAGGAGGCAGGAGAAGAUGGCUUGUGCUGGGCUCUGUGUGCAUGUGCUGAAAGUCCCGUGCCCUAUGGCUCCAGACGCCCGGGCGCUCUAAAGGCACUGCCCAGGCUUCUAGCAGAGGCGAUAGGUGCUUCCAGGACAAACUGGGGAAGGACCCUGUGCCCGGAGGAGAUGCACACACGACCUGCCUGUCCUGCCAGCUGCUGCCCAGCCCGCAGCCCGUGCCUCAUCUGCCAGUGGUGAAGGCCAGCGCAGCUCCUGGGAUGAGCCACUCACCACCCCUGCCUGCCAUCCAGGACCCCGCGGCCAUGCCGUCCCCCCGCAUCGCCGGGAGGAAGCGAGGCCGGCCCCCACUGCAGCCCGCUCCCAUCAAGGUGGCUGUCCACAGCCUCUUCUCCGCACCAACCGGGGCUCUGCCUGUCGUAAAGAUCCCGAAGAAGAGAGGAAGGAAGCCCGGACACAAGCUGAAGUCUCGUGUCCUGAUGACCCCCUUAGCAAUCUCUCCACCAAGAAGCACACCAGAGCCUGAUGUGAGCUCAAUCCCACAGGACGCAGCCACCGUCCCCAAAUCGACCACCCCACAGGCUCUUACAGUCUGCAUUUACAUCAACAAGCAAGCUAAUCUGGGGCCGUACCUCGACCAAAAAAAAGUGCAGCAACUGCCAGAGCACUUUGGGCCUGAGAGACCUUCUUCAGUCCUGCAGCAGGCCGUUCAGGCUUGCAUCGACUGUGCGCUUCAGCAAAAGACUGUCUUCUCACUCAUCAAGCAAGGCUAUGGAGGAGAGAUGGUGUCAGUCUCAGCAUUUUUUGAGGGGAAGCAGCACCUCCUGAACCUGCUGGCAGUGAACAGCAUUGGGUAUGUCCUGCGCUUCCUGAAGAAGUUGUGUCGCAGCCUCCUGUGUGAGCACCUUUUCAGCAACCAGCCCUUCCAGCAGUAUGGCACCAUGUCAGAAAGCGUGGAGGUGUACGAGGACAGACGUAUCGAGGCAGAAACAGUCAUCCCCGAGGAUUACCUGGAUCCAGCAAAUAUGAAGCGGUUCAGCGCGGAUCCUGCCGACUCUGCCUUCAGUUGCGUGGGUUCCAUGUAUGCCAUGCGGCAGAGUCUUGCAGAUGGACAUCCUGCUGGAGGCUCCUCUUCCUCCUGUGGCCAUCGUCCUGCCCCGAUGUCCUCAGGGAGGUCCUCCUCCGCCAGCCUGCGGCACCACGCCUCCAGCCCAACAAGGAAUGGGACCUAUCCUGAAGGAAACACAAGUGCCUCAAGUCCUUUGCCAGAACGACAAGACGUGGCUCGGCCAUCAAGCAAGAAUCCUUUGACCUGGACUGUGGAUGAUGUGAUUUGGUUUGUGAAGGAUGCAGACCCUCACGCUUUAGGUCCCCACGUGGAGCUCUUCAGGAAACACGAGAUUGAUGGCAACGCUUUGUUGCUGCUGAAGAGUGACAUGAUCAUGAAAUACCUGGGGCUGAAACUGGGACCUGCGCUGAAACUGUGCUACCACAUUGAUAAGCUCAAGCAAGCCAAGUUCUAACAGUUUCCUGAACAACAGCAGAACCUGACCUAAAUCUAGAUAGAAAACUAUAGGUAACAUGCUGCCUUACAGAAAUGCAUUCGUUUGCAGAUUGUUUUUCCCUCUUUUUUAACACAGACCUUGUCUUUUUUAACAUUUGUGCAUCUUCACAAUUUUUUUAGCCCAAUGGGAGCUUUCAGGCUGCUUUGUGUUAAUAAUUUGCCAAAAAGUGUAUAAUUACAGUAAUUAUUUUGUACCAUUAAUAUUAUUAUGAUUAUAGUAAGUCCUAUUUUUGUAAUCAGAAGGGGGAAAUCAGAAGCAAACACAGUGAUUGCUGGCAGAAAGACCGCUGGGUGUCCACCGGGCAGGGAUGGGGUGGGAUGCGGGGUCAACGGGGCUGCCGUGUUCAGAGUGUUUGGGGAAUGCCAAUGCACGCCCUUUGGUCAGCCAACAUUGAAUGGGAACCGCCCUGUGUCUUGCACUAUCAUCUGGAAAACUUGAAUUCUUCAGUUUGAAAAAAGAAAAAAAGAAAGAAAAAA